AUGGACUACGAGGAGGAUGGGGAGCCCAUUGCAGUGUCGGUGCGGCUCGAUGUCGAGGUGCGAGCAAAACAAGAUUGCAGCGUCCCGCUUUCGAUGAUUGGCUCGGCCGUCACCUCCUAUCUUGGUUUAUCCAAGAGAGAUCUGCGCCCGGGUCUCAUGCUGGAAGGGUGGCAGAAGGAGCAAAAGACGGGGCCGUUAUCAGAAGUCGAGAAGAUCCGACUUGGGGAAUCCAGUGAGUCGCACGAAGGACGUAGAGGUUGCUCGUGCGCUCACCACAACUCCAAGAUAGCACCAAGAAGAAGAAGGAUUUCGAACGGCGAAGAGGUCGAGUUCGUCGUCCAUGUCUAUCAAGCUGCAGCGAGGGAUGACAUCGACGAACUGAGCGCAGCAGACCCCGAAGCAGGAGAUGUAUCGGGCUCCGACGUCAUGGCUGCCACAGUCAUGGAGCUACCCAAUAUGGAGCUCGAAGGGGUGUGGGAGAGUCUCAUCUACGAAGGCGACAUCAAGACGAGACUCCUCAAUUACAUCUACACCACUCUGGUCUUUUCCGACGCCGACAUCGAUUUCAAUAUUGUCUCGUGGAACCGUCUUGUUCUUUUGCAUGGACCUCCAGGGACAGGCAAGACCUCGCUCUGCCGUGCCCUUGCGCAGAAGCUUGCCAUACGAUUGUCGAACAAAUUCACGCAUGGCAAGCUAAUCGAGGUCAACUCCCACUCGCUCUUUUCAAAGUGGUUCAGCGAGUCUGGCAAGCUGGUUCAGAGGCUCUUUUCGAUGGUCACAGAGAUGGUGGAAGAUGAGGAUGGGUUUGUCGUCAUCCUCAUUGAUGAGGUGGAAAGUUUGACAAAGGCCAGGAGCUCGGCUGGGUCAGGUAGCGAGCCCUCGGACUCGCUGCGAGUCGUCAAUGCUCUGCUCACGCAGCUCGAUAAGCUCAAGCAGCGCAAGAACUGCCUCGUCAUGACGACUUCUAAUAUCUCAGACUCCAUCGACGACGCCUUCAUUGAUAGGGCUGACAUCAAGCAAUACAUCGGACCUCCCCCGGCGGAAGCCAUCUACUCGGUUCUUUUCUCUUGCGUCGAAGAGCUGAUGCGCGUCGGUCUAGUUCAGCAACUGGAUAUAAGUGAUGCCGCGGACGCUGCAGAGAGACAUGCAAACGGCUCUCAAGAUGCAAUCACGAGGACACUGUGGCAUUUGGCGGAAAGCUGUGUUGGUAUCUCGGGACGGACACUUCGAAAGUUGCCUGUGAUGGCGCACGCCCGCUACCUCGACGUCGGAGCAAAGACGACGCCUGACAGAUGGGCACGAGCCAUGUCGCUAGCCCUGCGGGACGUGAAGGAUGAAAUGCGCAGCGCACAGCAAGGCGCCAAGACAUUGUGA